AUUAAAAAAAAUUUGAGUCUGGAUUUUGAAGUGAGAGGUACCCCACGCCUGCUAUAUCAGAAUCUCAACAUCAUGAUGAUUAGCGUGCGAAAAAAGUCGCAAAAUUUGUUGCUUUAAGUGGUAGAUCUAGACUGAGAACGCUCUAGAACCAAAAUCUAAUUUAGCAUACAAAAUUACAGAGACUUUAGUGGUUGUUUUGAACUAAAGUUCUGUGCUUUUGGUGAGAGAGAGAAAAGCCUGUGUCUUUGGUGCUUGGUCCAGGUUCCUGGUUAAAGGCUGAAAUUCUCGCAUAAGAAGAUCUUGUUUUUUAAAGCUACCGAACUUCAUAAUUGGAUAUGGAAGAAUACUGGUCUUGAGAUGGUAUUGGUAUGAUUUCCAUGGCAUCUUGCUUGGGUGUGUUUGACCCAGGUGAAAUUGAAUGAAAUGGAGAGAAAUUUUGGAAAAAGUACGAUGGAUCAGCCAAAGAGUUAUGAGCAGGUUCGAUACACUAACACCGAAACUAGAAAUGAGGGACCCGGUUCAGCAAAUCAAAGGUUCCUCCAUGACCCUUCUAGUAAUAUCAAUGCUAACAUCCGACCUCCAGACUAUACCAUGUCUGUGGGAGCUAGACCACCUGUGCUGAACUACUCCAUUCAGACUGGUGAGGAGUUUUCUCUAGAAUUUAUGCGGGAAAGAGUGAUUCCCAGGCAGCACAUUGUCCCUAAUGCUUAUGGUGAAUUUAACAAUCCACCUGUUUAUUGGGGUCUACCAGGAAUGUUAGGAAUUCCCCAUACUGCUCCAGAGAGUGGGUCUGAUAUCAAAAUGCUAAACACAACAGAGACAGGCCGUGCCCAGGAGUUUGAAAUAAAGGGAUCUUCUGUGCAUAAUGACAAAAGUUAUUAUGAUUCUGUGCAUUCAGUGCCAUGUACCUCAUCAAGAAAUGAAGUGAGUCAAGAGGUUCAUGCUUCUUCAGGAGCUCCUGACAGCUCAUCAACCAAGGUGAAGUUUCUUUGCAGCUUUGGUGGAAAAAUUUUGCCCCGUCCUAUUGAUGGAAAACUGCGAUAUGUGGGAGGAGAAACACGCAUCAUCCGCCUAAGUAAAGAUAUCUCAUGGCAGGAGCUUAUGCAGAAAGCUUUGGCAAUUUAUAGUGAAACACAUACAAUUAAAUAUCAACUUCCUGGUGAGGAUCUUGAUGCAUUGGUUUCUGUAUCUUGUGAAGAAGAUCUGCAGAACAUGAUGGAAGAAUGUAAUGUAUUAGAAGAUAGGGGACAGCAAAAACCUCGCAUGUUCUUAUUUUCUAGUAGAGAUCUAGAGGAUGCUCAGUUUGGUCUAGAGAACAUGGACAUUGAUUCUGAGAUUCAAUAUGUUGUUGCUGUGAAUGGCAUGGACCUAGGUUCACGAAAAAACUCAAUUGCUUUGGCAAGCACUUCACAAAAUAAUUUGGAUGAGUUACUCAGUCUAAAUGUUGAAAGAGACAUUGGUCGAGCUGCAGCUGAAUUUGCUGGUACUAGCACCACAACUUUGACAUUUAGUGCACCUAUGUCUACCAUCCAAUCUUCUCAAUUGGGGCUGGUAAGUUCCUCUAGUGCUUCUCAGUCGAAUUCUCAGCCUUACCAGGGAUUGAAAAUGAACCAUGGAGGAGCUAGCCAGCAUUUGCCAUCUGCUUUGCACUCUACAGAGGGCUUCCCCCAGAUAGAUGUGAAGGGCGCUACUCUUUUCUCUGCUCCACCGCAGUAUGACUAUGGUUCAAACUUAGCAAAACAUGGAGAAACUGUGGUCUCCAUGCCACUCUAUGAACAUCUGAAUCAACCUUUGCCUGAAGAGCAGCUCUAUGGUGGCUUCCAUGCUGAAGAUCAAGAAGUAUUUCUUAACGAGGUGAAAUUCAAAAAAGCUGGAUCAGCUCCCAAAAUAAAUGAAUCUGAGAAGAUUUGGCCCCUGGAUAAGGAAACAUCUAUAAAGGAUCCGAAAAUGAAAAGAGAUAGCUCGCUGCCAAAGAUUAAUGAAACCGAAAAAAUUGGAAUUUCUGAAAAAGAGCAUGCUGUUUCUUUACAACUGUAUACUACUGUUUCAAACCAUAUUCUUAGGGAAGAGGUGUCAAUUGAUUCAUCCCCAGACAUAGGUUCACCAUUAUUGCCCUCAAAAAGUAAUAAAAAGGCGCAGGAAGCUGUACAGAACAUGCCUCCUGAGGCUGUGAAUGAGGAGAGGAAGGACAAUGAUGAUAACCGUUUUUAUGCAACCAAUGGAGUUGGUACCUUCUGUGAUGUGGAGGCUGGGCCAAGUGAUUUUAGCUACCUUGAACCUUCUGUGAUUCCUCAAAGAGUUUAUCAUUCCGAGCGAAUUCCGAGAGAGCAGGCCGAAAUGAACCGAUUGUCAAAAUCUAAUGAUUCCUUUGGCUCUCAGUAUUUGAUUACUCAAGCACAGGGUGAUUGUUCUCAACCUAUCACAGAAUCAGUUGAUAAAUUGCAUGAUAGCAAUAUGGCUUCUCAAACUGAGCAGUCCACCACAUCUGCAAAAAAAUCGUAUACAAAUCCGCAGUCAGUUGAAGGUGAACUUGCUCAAAUAAGAAAGCCUAAAGAGUUUGCUGAUAAAAUGAACAAAACAAGUUCCAACUUUUCUGAAGAGCGGCUUGAACCAAAUUUAGAGAAAUCUGAACCAAGGCAGGUGGUUCCAAAUUCUGUGGUUGAUCAGGAAGUAACUGGAAUCAAAGACACAUAUAAAGAGCACUCUACCAGUGACAAAGGAGCAGUUGGUAUGCAUCAUCAUACAACAAGGCAUGGAACUCAUAGUAAGCAUCUGGAAGAUUCCGUUUUGAAAUCAUCAGAAUAUGAACAGAGUGAUACUGCCGAAAAAAUUAACAAUGGGAAUGAACCUAAGGGGCAUGCACAGCCUUUUGCACAGGUAGAAAAUCCAGUUAGAACUGCUCCUAUAAGGGAUUCCAGUGUUGGCAUUGGCAAUAGUGAGCAGGGAGACAUACUUAUUGACAUCAAUGACCGAUUUCCUCGUGAUCUCCUAACUGAUAUAUUCUCAAAAGCAAGAAUAUCUGAAAACCUUGCUGGUAUAAAUCCAAUGCAUGGAGAUGGAGCAGUUGUGAGCUGGAAUGUGGAGAAUCAUGAUCUUAAGCGGUGGUCAUACUUCCGGAACCUGGCUCAAGAUGAGUUUUCUAGAAAAGAUGUUUCCCUUAUGGACCAAGAUCACUUGGACUUUGCUUCUCCGCUUGCAAAUAUUGAGGAGGCCACUCCUGCUGAUUACAGCUAUCCCCCUUUAAAACAUGAUGGGGCUGCAAUGACCCAAAGUGACCUGCAUGUGAAUUUUGAUGAGGACAUUCAGCGAGAAUCAUCUGGUACUGUUGGAUCCAAUACUAUGAACAUGCGUCAAGAUGACAUGCAUUCUCAUCUCAAGGGUGAUCAAAGUGUGCAUUUCCAGGGCAUGAACUCUAGAAUACCAGAAUCAGAUUAUGAGGAGGCGAGGUGGGAUCUCCUGAGUACUAGUGCAUCUUUUGUUGAUUUUGCUUUGGGAGAUUUUGAUAUCAGUGCGUUGCAGAUAAUAAAAAAUGAAGAUCUGGAAGAGCUUAGAGAACUUGGUUCUGGCACAUUUGGGACUGUUUACCAUGGGAAAUGGAGGGGAACAGAUGUUGCCAUUAAGCGAAUAAAAAAGAGCUGUUUCACUGGUCGUUCAUCAGAGCAAGAACGAUUGACUGUGGAAUUCUGGCGUGAAGCUGAAAUUCUUUCAAAGCUCCACCAUCCAAAUGUCGUGGCCUUCUAUGGUGUGGUGCAGGAUGGACCGGGUGGAACACUAGCCACUGUAACUGAAUUCAUGGUGAAUGGGUCUCUUAGACAUGUUUUACUUAGCAAGGACAGGCAUCUUGAUCGCCGUAGGAAGCUCAUCAUUGCAAUGGAUGCAGCAUUUGGAAUGGAAUAUUUGCAUUCAAAGAAUAUCGUGCAUUUUGAUUUGAAAUGUGACAAUUUGCUUGUCAACUUGAAAGAUCCUUUACGGCCCAUUUGCAAGGUUGGUGAUUUUGGCCUGUCAAAGAUUAAAAGAAAUACCUUGGUCACUGGUGGUGUGAGGGGAACUCUUCCUUGGAUGGCUCCAGAGCUCUUGAAUGGUAGCAGUAGUAAGGUUUCUGAGAAGGUUGAUGUGUUCUCUUUUGGUAUUGUCCUUUGGGAGAUUCUCACUGGUGAGGAGCCUUAUGCUAACAUGCAUUAUGGAGCCAUUAUAGGAGGUAUCGUCAAUAACACAUUGAGGCCUCUGGUUCCAAGCUCUUGUGACUAUGAUUGGAGAUUGCUUAUGGAGCAAUGUUGGGCUCCAGAUCCUGUGGCACGCCCAUCGUUCACAGAGAUCGCCAGACGUUUACGUGUGAUGUCUGCAGCAAGCCAGACUAAAUCACAUCCACAGAACCAGGUAGCUAAGUAACCAUGAACGAUUCUCUUAUUGCUGUUAAGGCCUUACAAUGAGAUAAAAUAAUGCCAGUUAUACAUAUGUGUAUGUAUUCAUAUAUUUUCUCCAUAAAAGGUUGUUUGUAUUAUUUAUACAAAUAGCAAGAUGUUGCUCACUGUUGAGAGAGAGCGUAAGAUAGGGUUGUGGUUUGUGCAAAACCUGAAGGAAUUGUUUAUAUGUAAAUCUACUAUAUGUGUCAAUAGUAAAAAUGUAAACUUUGAUCUGGUUUUUGUA